AUGCAACUUGUCGUGUCGGUCGUGCUCACGGUGCUCUCGGCCGUCGCCGUGCGCGACACCCACGCCCACGGCCACUUGGUCGCGCCGCCCGUUCAGUUUGUCGACCCCAACAGCGACCCGACUCGGUUCUGUGCCACCCUCGACGGCCCGUCGCUGUUGCCCGGCGACACGUACAACAAGAGCCCUGGCGACAACACGGCUGAUUUCACCAAACACUUCAAGGCCAGUCGCUUCAAGACGCUCAAGGACCUCAUCGAGUCGCAGCCGUCGGGCGGCGAGUGCGGCAUCACCAAGCUCGACCCAUCCAAGCCCCAAGCGCUCCCAAGCGUCGUCCGAUGGCGCCACGGCGACAACGAAGGCUUUACGCCGUCGCACGAGGGUCCGUGCGAGCUCUGGUGCGACAACACGCGCGUCUAUGACAACGAAAACUGCGCCAAAAACAUCGCCGAUGGCUCGAUGGCCAUCGACACGACCAAGUGCGCGGGGGCCAAGACGCUUCGGUUCUUCUGGCUCGCGCUGCACUCGUCGUCGUGGCAAGUCUACAAGAAUUGCGUGGCGCUGGACAGCGGCAGUGGUCCGGGUCCCAACCCUAGCCCUUCCAACAACCCGUAUCCUAGCCCGUCGCCGAGCCCGUAUCCGGUUCCAUCGCCCAGCGCGUCGCCGGAUCACCCAUCGCCCAAGCCGACACACGCGCCCAAGCCGACGCACGCGCCCAAGCCGACGCACGCGCCCAAGCCAACGCACGCGCCCACGCCGACGAUGCACCCGACGCCGGGUCCGUCUGGUGACAAGGUCGCCUUGUACGGGCAGUGCGGCGGGAAGGGCUACUCGGGUCCGACAGCGUGCGGUGCCGGCGCGCAGUGCGACGAACUGAAUCCUCACUACUCUCAGUGUCGGCCCACGAGCGAGAAGGAGGGCACGGCGGCGGCGUACGGUCAAUGCGGCGGCAAGUUUUAUGCAGGUCCGACGCAGUGCGGCGACAGCUACGACUGCAUGGAGCGCCAUGCGUACUACUUUCAGUGCAUGCCGCAAGCGUGA